CGCACCAUGCCAAACUACAAACUGACAUAUUUUAAUAUGAGGGGGAGAGCAGAAAUUAUUCGUUACAUAUUUGCUUAUUUGGACAUAGAGUAUGAAGACCACAGAAUAGAACAAGCUGACUGGCCUAAGAUCAAAUCAACUCUUCCAUUUGGCAAAAUUCCUGUUUUGGAAGCUGAUGGACUUACCCUUCACCAGAGCCUAGCAAUAGCAAGAUACUUGACCAAAGAUACAGAUUUGGCUGGAAAUACAGAAGUGGAACAAUGUCAAGUUGAUGCUAUUGCUGACACAUUGGAUGAUAUCAUGUCACGUUUUCCUUGGGCAGAGAAAAAGCAAGAGAUAAAAGACCAGAUGUUUAAUCACCUGCUUACAUGUGAUGUACCUCAUCUUCUGCAAGAUUUGGACACAUAUUUGGGGGAAAAAGAGUGGCUUAUUGGUAACUCUGUAACUUGGGCAGAUUUCUUCUGGGAUAUUUGCAGUACCACGCUUUUGGUCUUUAAGCCUGACUUGUUGGACACUCAUCCCAGGUUGGUGACUUUACGGAAGAAAGUCCAAGCCAUUCCCGCCAUUGCUAAGUGGAUACAGCAAAGGCCCCAAACCAAACUGUAGUCGAUGCAUGCCACCUGCCAGCUUUGCUAUCCUCAAGGGCAUCUCUCCCACAGGAGAAAACAGCUACGUCAGCUUCCCAGAUAAUCCACAUGCUCCCCUCCCCAGCUCCACCACGACUUUCACUUUAGCCAUAUU